AUGGAUAUUGGAAGAAAGAAGACAUUCAAGGCUAUGAUCGAAAAGGUGCUAAAGGGUUUUCCAUUCUUGGCACUCAAUAGAGCAUAUCCGAGAAGGGUUUGUUAUUGGAGUGACAUUGAUGAUGGGAAUGAAACAACAACAACAAGGGUGCCAGAAGAUGUUAGAGAAGGACAUUUUGCAGUUAUAGCAAUGCAGGGUGAAGAAACAAAGAGGUUCGUUGUUGAGUUAGAUUAUUUAACUGAUCCUUCUUUCUUGAGGCUGCUGGAGGAGGCUAGGGAAGAGUAUGGUUUUGGACAGAAAGGUGCUCUUGUGGUGCCUUGUAGUCCCCAAGAACUUCAGAAGAUUAUAGAGAAUCGACAAGGGAACAGUGUCACUUCGUAA